AUGAAUGACUUAAAAAACUUUCUCUAUUUUGGACCUUCUAGCGGAUAUUUGAUUAUGGCAGAGAACAAUCAUUCAUUUGUGCUCAUGAAUCCAUUUAUAAGAAAAGUGAUUCUAAUCGAUACCUCAUCAACCUUUAAAGUUGAACUUUCUGAUUUUGCUUACUAUGUCUUACUUGCUUUUGGAAAAGGCUCAGAUGAAUUUGUCUUUGUGGCUUUAUGUAAAAGUUCUCAUAGUUUGCAUAUCUAUCAAUCUCAAAAUUUUGGUUGGGUUACUUAUUCGCCAAAAAGAAAUUCAUGGAAAGUUGUUGACUUUACAAUUUUGCAUAAUACCAUAUAUGUGAUCACUGACCAGGCCAAAAUAGGGGUAUUCAGCUUGAAUUCUGAAUAUAUAGAGUUUUUAAAAUUGAAGAGUACUCUCAAAGUAACAUCUUCCUCAUAUGUAAGGUUGAUUGAUUGUGACGGACAACUUUUAGUGCUUAAUAUUAUUUCCAGUGAAAUACUAAAUGUGUACAAGAUAGACUUCUCAACCAUGAAGUGUGUCAAAUUAGAAACUUUGGGUGACAUUGCAUUAUUUUAUGCUCCCAAGGAAAAGUAUUAUGCAUUGAGUAGCCCAGAAAAGUGGGGUUAUCGAAAGAAUUCUGUUUAUGUCAUCGAUCUUCCAUCUAAAAAAUGCAAAGUGUAUAUAGGGGAUGACAAUGAAUUGCCAAAGUUCAUUAUUAGACCUAUAUAUAAUAAUACUCAAACUUAUUGUCCACCCUACUUGUUGGAUUGGUGUUUUAGACAUCAACUUGAGGUAGAUUUAAGGAACACAAUGAGUGGUGAAAGCCCACAAAUGGUGAGAGCUUCUAGCAAGACCAAGGCCCAAGAAGAGGGUAUCAAUUCAGUUGAACAGAAUUUUGAAAUCAAGGAAGGAAAGGGACAAAGGAAUAAAAGAAUCAGCACAAAAUUGAAUGGCUAUAUAAUUAACUAA